UCACAGCCCCGGAGCGGGGCUGGUGUGUGGCCUGUAUGGCCCGCGGCUGACGAAGUCCUUCGGAAACGCGCUGGCCCUCCGUGGCCCUCUGGCGGCCGCAGCCCGCUGUGCACGACUCGCCACUUGGAACGCGUUGUGCUUCAUCAGCUCGACGGACAGAAGCUGGCUCCAAUGGUUGACGAAGCUGUCUCGGAAAGCUGUGUCUUCCUCCGUGGGAAUGGAUGUGGGGCGGGGCUUUCGCUUGGCGAGCAUCUUGAAAAAGUCCAUGGUCUUCUCUCCCCAUCUGCCGAACGUCUCCGCAGCGAGAGGCACGAAGCGGAAGCCGGCUGCUUGGGCGGUUGGACCAUACUUGUCGAUCUUGUCUUUCUCCGCAAGCUGAGCCGCCUUGCCACCAGAAAGCUGUGCGCCACGCCGGUUGACCGUCCGGUGGGCGAUGGUGGCAUCGAGCAGGUAGUCAUGGCCGUCGAUCACACAAUAGAUGUCCAUGCGCUGGCUGUUGGGGUUGUCGUCGGGCGGGGUUAUACCGAGGCACAUUGGAAGGAACAU